AUGUUGUCUGUAGUUCCAACUGAUGACGGGAAGCAGUUCAACCUCAGUGAUGAAGGGUCCUACCGCGAAGGCCUUGUACAUAUCAGCCAGCAAGGGAUCACGGUACAUUCUGCACGAUCUUUGGCAAGCAAUGAUACCCCAACUCUCAAUUCACCCUCAAGUACCCGCAGCUCGACCAGUGCGAAGAGGGCAAACAGCAACGAGGACGUUAGAUUUGAGUUGAGCAGGAACGACUUUGAGCUGAUGGAAAUCAUCGGCAAAGGUUCAUGCGGAUACGUCAAGAAGGCAAGGCACAAGCGGACCAAUGAACUGAUGGCGCUAAAAGUAAUCAACGUGUUUGAAGAAGAGAAAAGGAAACAGAUGAUGCAAGAAGUGAUAAUGAUGUGCGACGCCCAUCAUGAUUGCCUCAUCCAGUUCCAUGGCGCGUUCUACAAUGAGGGAACGAUCUCUGUUGCAUUGGAGUAUAUGACAGCAGGUUCUGUGGCUGAUGUUUUGAAGUUAUCCGGUAGUAUGCCUGAAGAAAUUUUGGCGAUUAUGGCCGAGCAGAUUUUGGAUGGAAUGGCAUUUAUGCACAGUAAGAAACAAGUUCACCGCGACUUCAAACCGUGCAAUCUCUUGAUGGACCAUAGUGGUCGAGUGAAAAUAACUGAUUUUGGAGUUUCUGCCGAGCUAGAUAGCUCACUGGUGAAGUGUACCACGUUCGUGGGAACUUUUCUUUACAUGUCGCCAGAGAGGUUUGGAUCAGAGCCUUAUUCCUUCCCGUCCGAUAUUUGGAGUUUUGGCUUGACCAUGAUAGAAUGUGCUACGGCAGAAUACCCUUAUCAACAGAACGGAGGUGGGAAGACAUAUUGGGAACUUAUGGAUGCUAUAGUCAAGAAUGAUGCGCCACAGCUGCCCUCAGGCAGCGCCUUUUCGUCUGCGUUCAGAGACUUGACGGAGGCAUGCUUGCAGAAGGAUCCCAAGUUACGGCCAACAGCGACGAAGCUGCUGACUCAUGAAUUCAUCAAGAAUACCUGCGAUGGUUGGACGAGAUGCGAUCGUUCAUGA